UUUAAAUGGGUUCAAAAGUGCGAAAUGUCAUAACUUUCAUCUACAAAAACGACUUUUGUAACGGCAUCCCACGCUUACCUGUACAGUUACUCAUCUCAUGUUGAGUAAAUAUAAUCAUUCAUACUUUGAUAUCAAGAGUCAUUUUGAAGUAAUUACAAACAUAAUUGCUAUGGAAAGGAUGCACCUUGAGCUGAAGGAUUGUGAUAAUUUAUUAACAAGAAGAGUGUUUGCAAAUUGUGUUGCUAGACAACGGCUUAUGAAGCCUGGAAACAGUAUCUCGUUGUCCAGUUCCAGCAUAAAUAUUGUCUUUUCGGUUGAAAGCACACAUCAUGCUUGAUAUCCUUGGAAAGUGUUCGGAACUACUUAAUGAAAAGGUCAUUUUUGUAGACUACACUGACAUAUUGUACCAAAUAAGACAUAUAUGUGAUGAGUAAUAUUAUAUUAUUUGUAUAACAUCUUACGGUGGAUAUAAGCCAUAAGACCAAGGCCACUGAGCACCUGCCAAAUAUGCUCGUGACGAAUUGGCCAAAUAAGGUCGCCACCCCCCUGUGACGGGGGUGGUUCUGAAAGAACAGCUCCAUAUGAAGAGCAUAUGCGGUCUCCCUAAAGGUGCUCGAGCUUGUUUUCCAUUGCUAAGGAUAGUCAGUUUAGACAUGGGACAUUUCAGUUCCCUUCUCUAGCUGCGAUCAAACUUUUGUCUUUUGAGUGUCUUUAUAAUGAAAAAACAGAACGCGCGGACCCUGGCGCUCAUCAUCAGCAUUCUAACCUACCUGCUGGUUGGAGCCGCCGUGUUUGAUACCCUGGAAUCUAAACAGGAAAAAACACAGAAAAAGAAGAUAGAUGACAGGAAAUACGAACUUAUGCGCAAAUAUAAUUUGACCAAAGAGAAAUAUGACGAGAUUGAAGUGGUGGUUUUACAGUUAAAGCCACACAAGGCUGGGGUCCAGUGGAAGUUUGCCGGGUCUUUUUACUUCGCCAUCACUGUGAUAACAACUAUAGGGUAUGGACACGCUGCCCCCAGUACGGACUCAGGGAAGCUGUUCUGCAUGUUCUACGCUCUCCUGGGAAUCCCUCUCACGCUGGUCAUGUUCCAGAGCCUGGGGGAGCGGAUCAAUACCUUCGUCAGGUAUCUGCUGCACAGCGUCAAGAAGUGCCUGGGACUGCGUCACACCCAGGUGUCCAUGGCCAACAUGGUGACCAUCGGGUUCUUCUCCUGCGUCAGCACCCUGUGCGUCGGGGCUCUCGCCUUCUCCCAGUACGAAGGCUGGAGCUUCUUCCACGCGUUCUACUACUGCUUCAUCACACUGACCACCAUCGGCUUCGGGGACUACGUGGCGCUGCAGAAGGACCACGCCCUGCAGAACAACCCCAGGUACGUGGCCUUCUGCUUCGUCUACAUCCUCACGGGCCUCACGGUGAUUGGGGCCUUCCUGAACCUGGUGGUGCUGCGCUUCCUGACCAUGAACGCAGAGGACGAGCGGCGGGACGCCAAGCAGAGGGCCCUCCUCUCCGACGGGAGGCCGAGACGGGACGAGCGGCUCCUGCCCGCCUCCUCCGCGCCCCCGGACGGCCGCGGCGCCAAGCGGGGGAUAAAGGACGCCUACACGGAGGUGAUGCAUUUCCAGACUGUGUGCUCCUGCCUGUGGUACACGGGCCGCGAGGACGACCUGUCCCUCUCGGAGGCGUGCAUGGAGCAGGCCGGCCUGUCCCCGCACCGCCUGGACCCAGGCACUGUGGGCUGCGUGUGCAGCAGGCACCACUGCAGUGUCAGCUCCAUCUCCUCAGGCCUGCGCUUCCUGUCCCCGCUCACAGCCUUCAAGAGACGCAGCUCCGUCUGACCUGGGGACGUGGCCCCGUACUGAUGUCCAGUCUGGGACGUCACAUAGACCGAAACAGACAUCCGAUGUCCUGGCAGAAAGAGUUAGCACUCAGAAUGACCUACCUAGUAUAAGAGGUGUGCUUGUCCAUUAGGGACCAGGGACCAGCUGAACACCUGUGUGAGUGUAGCCAAUGUGGAUUAGCUCAACUCACUCCUCUAGUAUGUACACAAACCUCUCAUGCCAGUCAAUCGUUCUGUUGGUGUAGCUUGUAGUGGUCGCGCUUGUAGAGUUGGAAGUGCUGAGUUUGAGCCCAGGUGCGGGCAAGAUCGACCGUGUGUGAUUGCCGAUGACUACGACCACGUCUGUUGCAUGGACACUAUGUUAAACUGAUGCAGACACAAAGUGCCUCUUUUGAUUAUUUGUGUUUCUUGAUACAAUGUAUUACUUAACAAAAUGAUCACUCGUGUACUAUACUCAAGAACCAAACACACUUAGUAAAAGCAGGGAGAUUUUUGCGUAGGCUACUUUGUAAUUCUCCAUGUGUGCCUGGGGUAAGUGUUGACUGCUAUAGGCUACAGCUAAUCAAAGCAUGGCGUUUCUACUCACAAUAUUAAAGAUUAUGAGUGAAUUGAGUUGUUCAGUGUUGAUGUCUCUCCAUCUGUCUCAUGGAAUCUACUAUAUUCUGAAUAUGUCCUGUGUAUGAUAAAUGUAGCAAGGAUCUAAGAAU